UGCCGACUGGAAAGACAAGUGUCAACAUUUCCAGGAGAUACUACCACAAAAAUAUAUUUCUCCUGCCCCAAGAAAAUGAUCAAAAAAGCCUGCCCAGAGUGUAAAUUGCAAGUAGCUGUGGCAUGUAAAAGUUGCAAAUGUGGUCAUUCAUUUUUCCAUGCACGAGCCCGAAGGAAUUCCCAGAAGAAAGACGAAGAAGGUGAUGGUCAGAAGAGACGUACUGGUCGUGUUCGUCGGGAGAAGCCUCAGUUCUAUGAUCCGUCCAAAUUUGAGAAUAAACGCAAGAAGAGAAAGGACAGGAAGAACAACCCAAAAUUUUCCAUAGAGUCAAAUGGGAAGGGACCCAAAGGAACACGUCUAAGGGGUCCCAGAAGGAAGACAAAGAAAGAUGAGGAGGAACGAGGGGAUACCAUUUCACAGUUGUCUGAGGAAAAACAGAAGAUCGCAUCGAUCAUUUUGGCGGAAAUAAAUCAAAAAUUGGGCUCAGUCGUGUGGAAUCCCAAGUGA